CACAUUACUUAAGCGGUUCUGAUGUAACUGUGUAUCAUUUUACAUUGCUUCUGACACGUUGUGCAGAUGUGAAAUCGUGCUUCAGCAAAUUCUGAAAUAAAAACUUACUAUUUUCUUUCAAGUUCAGAUAUAAUUUGCAGAAUUGUUUUGCCAUGCAUACUUUACAUAAUAUUAAAAUAACUUGUAACGAGUCACUGUCUUCUGCCCCAAUUCUUAUUAUAGCCGAGUUAACUAAAGGAACUCUUAAUAUCGAAUGGGGCCAAGCAACAGGACUAGAAAUCAUUUCGAAACAAGGACAGCCGAUAAGUUUCUCGUCUGUUUAUUCAAUAUGUAGAUUUCUUGCGAGAACUACUUCUGAUUCUUUGUAUGGAUCUACAAUAUUGGAGAAGACUGAAGUAGAUCACUGGUUAGAGUUCUGCAGUAGAAAGUACACUGUUCCAGAAUUCAAAGAAUGCUUACAGCGUCUUGAUAGAAUACUUUCUUCUGUGACUUAUCUUGUUGGUGAUUCCAUCACAUUGGCAGAUAUAUGUGUGUGGGUUAUGCUGUAUGGAAAUAAGCAAUUUCUCAGCAUGUUACAUGAAAAUAAAGCACCUGUAAAUUUAAAGCGCUGGUACACUUUCCUUUCCAGUCAAAAACCUUUUAAAGUUGCAUCAGAAAGAUUUCCCCAAGUUCCAGAAAAUAAUAAAUGUGAAAGAAAUGAAACUGGCCCCAAAGAUAAAGUGAGAACUGAAGAUAAAGGUAAAUUUGUAGAUCUCCCUGGAGCUGAAAUAGGUAAAGUAGUUGUUAGAUUCCCACCAGAAGCUAGUGGGUACCUACAUAUCGGCCAUGCAAAAGCUGCACUUUUGAAUGCUCAUUAUCAGACUAGCUUCCAAGGUAAAUUUAUUAUGCGUUUUGAUGACACUAAUCCUGAAAAGGAGAAAGAAGAUUUUGAAAAAGUUAUUCUUGAAGAUGUAUCUAUGCUUCAGAUCAUACCAGAUAUUUUCACAUAUACUUCGGAUCAUUUUGAUUAUAUUCUUGAAAAAUGUGAAGAACUUCUUAAAUGUGAUCUUGCUUAUGUAGAUGACACAGAUCCUGAAGUGAUGAAAAAUGAACGUGAGCAAAGACAAGAAUCAAAAAAUCGAAAUAACAAUUUUGAAAAGAAUUGGUCGAUGUGGGAAGAAAUGAAAAAGGGUUCAGAGUAUGGAAAACAUUGCUGUGUUCGAGCUAAAAUUGAUAUGAAUUCUGAUAAUGGAUGUUUAAGAGACCCAACAUUAUACCGUUGCAAAGCAAUGAUUCAUCCACGUACUGGAAAUAAAUACAAAGUUUAUCCUACUUAUGAUUUUGCUUGUCCUGUUGUAGAUAGUAUAGAAGGUGUAACUCAUGCUUUAAGAACAACAGAAUAUCAUGAUAGGGAUGAUCAGUAUUUCUGGGUACUAGAUGCUUUGAAAUUAAGGAAGCCAUAUAUUUAUGAGUAUUCAAGAUUAAAUAUGACUAAUACUGUUCUUUCUAAAAGAAAAUUGACAUGGUUUGUGGAGCAGGGUAUUGUUGAUGAAUGGGAUGAUCCAAGAAUGCCAACAGUAAGAGGAGUUUUGAGAAGAGGGAUGACUGUAGAAGGUUUAAAACAGUUCAUUAUCGCCCAAGGAUCAUCUCGAUCAGUAGUGGUUAUGGAAUGGGAUAAAAUUUGGGCAUUUAAUAAGAAAGUUAUUGAUCCAGUAUCACCACGUUAUAAUGCAAUCGAGAAAGACAGCUAUGUACCUGUACAUGUUGAAGGUGCUACGAAACAGGUUCUUCAAGUUGCCAAGCAUCCUAAAAAUCCAGAACUUGGCACAAAAGAUAUUUAUAUUGGUCCUAAAUUACUUGUAGAUAGUGAAGAUGCUGAAUGUAUGAAAACAGGUGACAAUGUAACAUUUAUAAAUUGGGGAAAUCUUCUAAUUAUGGAUGUUAAAAAGAAACCUGAUGGGCAGAUUGAAUUAAUUAAAGCUAAAUUAAAUUUAGAAAAUAAAGAUUACAAGAAGACCUUAAAAGUUACGUGGGUUGUAGAUUCAGAAGAAACUCCUUUAAUUCCUUGUGUAUGUAUAUAUUAUGACCACCUGAUAUCAAAGCCAGUAUUGGGAAAGGAUGAAGAUUUCAAAAACUUUAUGAAUAAAAAUACUAAAAUUGUUGUUCAUAUGCUUGGUGAUCCUCAGCUCGCUUGCCUUAAAAAGGGAGACAUAAUACAAAUUCAGCGAAAAGGUUUCUUUAUAUGUGAUGAACCAUAUGAUGUUACAACUCUUAGGUAUACUAGUCGUGAAGGUCCUUUAGUUCUCUUUUCAAUACCUGAUGGAUCAAAAGAUACAAGUUCUUUACCAAAUGCUGUGAGAAAACUUCGAGAAAAAGUCGAGAGUGAGAAAGAAAAACUGAAUACUCUGAAAAGAAAAGCAGCAGAAAAGUCUCCUCAAGAAGAGAAAAAAAAUAUUUCUGUGUCUCAAGGUGACAUUAGUAUUACUGUAGAUGAUACUGGUAAUAAUGAGGUUGAUUUUGCUACAAGUAGUAUUUCGGUUGUCUUGGACUCUAAAAUUAGAGAACAAGGGGAUAAAAUUCGAAAAUUAAAAUCUGAGAAGGCUGAGAAGAGUGUUAUUGAUACUAAUGUUCAGUUGCUCCUAAAACUGAAGAAUGAAUAUAAAAACUGCACUGGACAAGAGUGGAAACCAGAUGUGAAAUUGAGUGAGACUACAGAAAAACAAGCUAAAACUCCGAAACGAACAAAGCAGAAAAGCAAUAAGGAAAUUGAUUCAACUAAUUUGAAAGUUGCUCUAGAGCUUGAUAAAAAAAUCAGAUCUCAAGGUGAUAUAGUAAGAAAGCUUAAGUCUGAAAAAGUCGAUAAAGAUGUCAUAGAUACAAAUGUCCAAGAGCUUUUAAAAUUGAAAGGAGAAUUUAAACUUUAUAUUGGUGUAGAUUGGAAACCCGAUUUAAAGCUAGAAGGAAGUAAUGCAGAACUCGGCAAUGAUGCCAAGGAUACAAAUGUUGCAGAAGUAAAAAAUAAUAAUGUCAUUGCGAUUGAAGAUGCUCAUGUUCAAGAACUUGAUAAAAAAAUUCGAGAGCAAGGUGAUGUUGUAAGAAAAUUGAAAUCAGAAAAGGCAGAGAAAAGUCUUAUUGAUGCUAAUAUUCAAAUAUUAUUGAAAUUAAAAGAAGAAUACAAAAAUUCUUGUGGUAAGGAUUGGAAGCCAGACAGCAAACCAAAUGAAAAUCCAAGCAAAAUAGCCAAGAAUGCUAAAUCGCACAAUGAGAAGCAGAAAAAGCAACAGCCUUUGAAAGAGAUUGAAAGUACGAAGAAUAAAGAGCCUAAUAAUGAAUCUGUAGAAUCUAAUGUUAAAAAAAUUACAAGACUUGGACUUGAAGUUAAGAAAGAAGAAAAUUUAGCAGAUUGGUAUUCCCAAGUAUUAACGAAAGCUGAAAUGAUAGAAUACUAUGAUGUUAGUGGCUGUUAUAUUUUGAGACCUUGGGCAUAUAGCAUUUGGGAAGCUAUUCAAAAGUUUUUUGAUUCAGCUAUUAAAUCCUUAGGUGUUACCAACUGUUAUUUUCCUAUGUUUGUUUCAUCUACUGCAUUAGAGAAAGAAAAGACUCACAUUGCUGAUUUUGCCCCAGAAGUUGCUUGGGUAACGAAAUCUGGAUCAUCAGAGCUUGAAAAACCCAUUGCCAUUCGACCUACCAGUGAAACAGUAAUGUAUCCAUCAUAUGCUAAAUGGAUCCGAUCUCAUAGAGAUCUUCCUUUGCGACUGAAUCAGUGGUGCAGUGUAGUAAGGUGGGAAUUUAGAAAUCCGCAGCCUUUUAUUCGAACAAGAGAAUUUCUUUGGCAAGAAGGCCACACUGCUUUUGCUACAAAGGAAGAGGCAGAAAAUGAAGUUUUUACAAUUUUAGAUUUAUACGGACAGGUUUAUGAAAACUUACUAGCAAUACCAGUUAUUCGUGGUAAAAAAACUGAAAAAGAGAAAUUUGCUGGUGCUGAUUUCACUACCACUACGGAAGCAUAUGUUGCAGCUAAUGGUCGAGGAAUACAAGGAGCAACAUCUCAUCAUUUAGGCCAGAAUUUUUCUAAAAUGUUUGAAAUAAUUUUUGAAGAUCCUGAAACUAAUGAAAAGCAAUAUGUGUACCAAAAUUCUUGGGGAUUGAGUACUCGUACGAUUGGAGCUAUGGUUAUGAUUCAUGGUGAUAACACUGGACUUGUCCUCCCUCCUCGUAUUGCAGCUUAUCAAGUUGUAAUCGUACCAUGUGGUAUAACUGUAUCGCUGAAAGAAUCAGAAAAAGAUGCUCUUUUAGUCAAAUGUAGUGAAUUUGAAUCUGUUUUGCAGAGUGCUGGCAUAUCUGUUAAGGGAGAUUAUCGAGAUAAUUACUCCCCAGGGUGGAAGUUCAAUUACUGGGAGUUAAAAGGUGUUCCAAUUAGAAUUGAACUUGGUCCGAAAGACAUGAAAAGAAAUCAGUUUGUUGCAGCAAGACGAGAUACCAGUGAAAAAAUUACCAUGGGUAUUGAUAGUGCACCAAAUUCCAUUCUUGAACUUUUAGACAAUAUUCAUGAUAAUAUGUAUGAUAGAGCUAAGAAAAGUUUAGACGAUCAUCUUUGUGUGUCAUAUAAUUGGACUCAUUUUUGUGAAAAACUGGACAAGCGCUUUAUAAUAAUGGCUCCUUUUUGUGGUGAUAUACCUUGUGAAGAAAAAAUAAAGAAAGAAAGUGCUAAAACAACUGAUGAAUUAGUAGAUCCUGGAGCACCAUCAAUGGGUGCAAAAAGUCUGUGUAUUCCUUUCCAGCAACCUGCUGAAAUAAUGCCAAAUACAAAGUGCAUCAAUCCCAACUGUACCAAUAGGCCAAAAUAUUUUACGCUGUUCGGAAGAAGUUACUAGCCGUGCUUGCUUAUUAUAGAACUUCUGCAUGCCAUCUUACGAGAUUUAAACUGACGAUCUAUAAUCCGGAAUCUCCCGACGUGUCCGGAUUAACGACUUUUGACUGUAAUUGGCAAGAUGAGCAAACUGAGUGUCCGUAUCAGGAAAAGUGAGAAGCUACAUACACAGAUAGAGCAUUAGUGCGACUCUCCAAAAAUGAGCAUUAUCUCUGUGGUGUCUUGCAGGAAAGUUCAUGGCCAAUUUUUCUUUGAAUAAGAAACUGUGACCGGCAACUCAUUUUUAGACAUGUUGGAAACCUGGUUGUUACCUCAGCUGAACACUAAUCAUGAUGAUUACUUUUUUUAACUGAAUGGUGCUCCUUAUUUUCACAGGAAUGUACGAGAGCUUAAUCGUGUGCUUCACCAAUGCUGGAUUGGACAUACUGCAACAACAGACAAAAGACUUCUUCCCUGGCCACCCAAUUUGCCAGAUUUAACAUAAUGCUAUUUCUUUCUUUGGGGCUUCAUUAAGGACUGAUUUUAAGUACCACCAAUGGCCACGUCCCUGGAGAAAGUUUGCGAUUGGAUAAAGCAUAUACUGCAGAACAUCAUGGUGGACAUACUACACUCAGUAUGGAAAGGAUUCAAUUACGGUUUAGAUGUGUGAUCAAGGGUGCAUAUAUUGAAGGAUUGUGAUUAAUGCAUCGGAAACUUUGGACAACUGCCACUGCUUAUGCUGUAAGGUUUGCCCAUAUAAAGUAAUACAUCAAUUUAUUAUCAGUUUUUAAAACUGUACUAUUCAUUUAUAAACACCCUGUAUAUUGUGUGUUUAUAUAUACUCGGUAUACAUAAGAAUGCUUAAUAAUGUAUUCUCAAACUGUUUUUUUUUUUUUUUUAACUUAUAAUAAAUGAAAGUAAAUCUUUUCCAUUAAGAUGCAUUUAAAUGCACUGUCAAUUUUAUCAAAUAAAAUUUCAUAGAGUGCCAUUUUUAAUUAGAA